AUGUCGCAGAAGGCAUCGCAACCCAAGGGCCAGGAUGAGUUCGUGGAAUCCAUUGAGCCCGAGCAGUCACGGGCUGUAUCACCAGGCAAGAAUGACACAGGAAGUCAUCCAAAAGGUGAUCAAGCCUUGCAACUCAUCGAAGAAGCAGGGCACUCGAACAUCCUGACACCGGAGAACAACGCCAAAGUUCUUCGAAAGAUCGAUUUGCGUCUGCUCCCCAUUCUUCUGGGAAUUUAUUUCCUUCAACAACUUGACAAGUCAACAAUUUCAUAUGCCUCCGUGUUUGGAAUUGUUGAGAAGGCCAAUCUCCACGGCCAGCAGUAUUCCUGGCUAGGAGGCUCGAUCUACCUGGCUCAGUUGGUGUUCCAACCACUGGUGGCCUACCUCUUGGUGAAAGUACCCCUGGCCAAGUUCCUCGCUGCAUCAUGCCUUCUAUGGGGAAUUGCUUUGUCGUGCAUGACCGCUGCAACAAAUUUCGGAGAGCUGCUUGCUUGCCGCAUCUUCCUUGGUAUUUUUGAGGCUGGCAUAGCCCCGGCCUUCAUCGCAGUCACCCAAAUGUGGUACCGACGUCGUGAGCAACCCGUGCGACUAAGCUCUUGGUAUGCGAUGAAUGGAGUCGUGAAUAUGUUUGGAAGCUUGAUUGCCUUUGGACUUGGCCACAUCAAGUCCUCUAUAUUCGCGCCUUACCAGAUUAUCUUCCUAUUCUUUGGUCUGGUGACCGUUGGCUUCUCUGCCGUUAUACUUGUUUUCAUGCCCGACUCCCCCGUAUCGGCCAAGUUCCUAGGAGAAGAAGACAAACUGCUGUCUAUCGAGAGACAGCGAAUGAAUCAACAAGGUGUCGAAAGCCAGGAAUGGAAAUGGGAUCACGCAAAGGAAGCAAUGCUAGAUCCCAAAUCAUGGUUCUGGUUUGCACUGAUGUUCUCCAUCUCAGUCCCAAGUGGAGGCAUUACCACAUUCGGCCCCUUGAUCAUCAAGUCUUUUGGACUUAGUGAAUACGACACCAUGCUUUUCAACAUCCCGUUCGGUGCUGUUCAGCUUGUCGCAACAAUGGGAGGAGCCUGGUUGGCGACCUUUUGGAAAAUGAAAAGCCCGGUAUUGGCCCUGCUCUGCCUCCCGCCCAUCGCCGGUUGUGUGAUGCUUCUGCAAAUUGCACACGACAAUGCCCAUAAAGGGCCUCUCCUUGCAGGAUACUAUAUUAUUUCCGUGUAUCCCGCCAUCAGAAACACAGCCGGUGAAACCAAAAAGAAAGUCACUACUGCUAUUUUAUAUGUCGGACAGUGCGCUGGUAAUGUCCUCGGACCGAACCUUUACACGACCGCUGAAGCACCACUGUAUCGUCGAGGCUUACUUUCAAAUCUCGCACUGUUUUGUGUUCUGAUCGGCCUUACCGGGGCAAACGCGGCAUACCUGUAUUAUUUGAACAAGAAGCACGAGAAGAGACGUGUCGCUGUCGGAAAGAGCGCCAAGAUUGUAGAUCACUCGAUGCAGGCUGUGCAAGCAGUGUCCGACAACAAAGAAGACCUGCCUCAACCACCGGCAGACGAUAACGCUUGGAAGGAUAUGACCGAUUUGCAGAACGAGGACUUUGUGUUUGUCUUCUAA